CCGGAUCGCCGUCGCUCCCGCCGCCAGCGCAGCUCCCGUCCGCGCGUAGUGCCGUCGCCCGCAGCCGCCAGUCGCACGGUGCGCGCCCUCCCGCCGCGGUCGAGCCUGCAACCUCGGGACCGAGCAGUGCGUGCAGAGUGCGAGCAGGUGCAAGAUAUGCGCAGCCUGGCGGAGGCGCGAUGGUGUGCAGCCUGAGCGCCGUCGGCGGGGAGAGAGGCCGCGUCGCCGCUGAGCAGCCGCCGAGCAGCCGCAGCCGCGGGCAGCGCGCCGCCCUGGACAUGUCCUCGGCCUCGGAGCAGCAGCCGCCAGCCAACCUCAGCCACCACCUUCACGCCAGCCACCUGCAGCAGCCGCAGCCGCAGCGCCAGUCGCUCGUGCAGCAGGCCCAGCAGCUCCAGGCGCAGCAGCUGCAGGACGAGCGCAGCUCCUCGGCGGGCUCGUCCAUGGGCUCGUGCUCGCCGCCGCCGCCGGCACCCGGCGCGGCCGCGCGCCCGCCCUGGCUGCACGACUUCGCGCCGCCGCACGUGCUGCAGUUCCUCAACCUGAACGCCGCCGCGGCCGCGGGCUCCAUGCUGGCCGCCUCGCAGCCGCUGGCCGCGCUGCACUCGAUGGCCGAGCGCCAGCCGCCGCCGCAGCAGCAGCCGCAGCAGCAGCCGCCGGCGCGCGGCUCGCCGACGGGCAGCGGCAAGCAGAGCCCCGCCACCUCCAUCACCUCGGUGGGCAGCAACCCGCACGGCAUCGACACCAUCCUGUCGAGGCCCGCGCAGGCCAGCGCCCAGCAGCUGCAGCAGCAGCAGCAGCAGCAGCAGCAGCCGGCGCCGCCGCAGCAGGCCCAGGCCCAGGCCGCGCCCCGCUACGCCAUGCACGCGGGCUUCGCGGCCGCGGCGGCCGCCGCCGCCGCCGCCUCCACCGGCCUCGGCCAGUUCCAGCAGCGCGCCGAGCCGCGCCACCCGGCCAUCUACUGGCCGGGGCUCCAGGGCCUGGUGAGCGACCCCCUCGGCUGGCGAGCCCGACUGCACUCCCUGUCGCAGCAGCUGGGCUGCCAGCAGCAGCAGCAGCAGCAGCACCAGCAGCAGCAGCAGCAGGCCGGCGGCGGGCUGGGCUCGGACCACGAAGCCGGCAAGAAGAAGCACACGCGGCCGACCUUCAGCGGUCAGCAGAUCUUCGCCCUGGAGAAGACCUUCGAGCAGACCAAGUACCUGGCGGGCCCCGAGCGGGCCAAGCUCGCCUACGCCCUGGGCAUGUCCGAGUCGCAAGUGAAGGUCUGGUUCCAGAACCGGAGGACCAAGUGGCGCAAAAAGCACGCCGCGGAGAUGGCCACGGCCAAGCGGCGCCAGGAGGAGGUGGAGGGAGUCGCCGCCGACGCGGACGACGGCUGCGAGACGAGCGACCACGAGCAGCAGCAGCAGCAACAGCAGCAGCAGCAGCAACAGCAGCACCAUCACCAGCAGCAGCAGCAGCAGCACGCCGCGGAGGAGAGCGCGGCCAAGCGGCUGCGCCGCGAGCUCGAGCACCAGCAGCAGCAGCAGCAGCAGCAGCAGUACGGCGGCGCCUGAGGGGGCGUGGCCUCCACCCGCACCCACACCCACCGGCAAAAACCAGCGCUUCCUUCCUUCCUGCCUCCCUUGUAAAUACUUUGUAGAUAUACCCGCAACAGCAGCGCCCAGCGCCGCCGCCAGCAACCCAGCCGGCUCGGCACGCGCUUCUAUUUAUUUGCCCUCCUCUCCUCUUCCUCCUCCUCCUCCUCACCGCCCUCCCCGCCUUCCUCCUCCUCCUCCCCGCGACUCUUACCCACCGUGCACCCUACUUACCAUUAUUGUUUCCACUCCACUCCUGUACAUUUCCUGCUACACGCGUAUUUAUUUAUUAUUAGUGAGAGUGACAGCUGUGCGCAGAUUAUAUUAUAUAUAUACAUAUUAUACAUAUUAUACGUGUCGAGAGAAAAGAAUAUAUGUGACUGCGCGACGAGUGCUAUACGUUUAUACAUAUAUACAUAGGUAUACGCACGAGGAGAAGAAAGAACAGAGCAAGACGUUGAUGUCCGUAUCCGCGGAGCGUCGAGAUACGCAUGUAGCUAAUCGACUAUUAUGCAGAGUUGCGAAAGAGAGAAGCAGAGAGUGAGAGAGAGUGAAUGUGUUGCGAGCGUGCUCGUGUGCGCUUUUGUAUAAAAAUAUUGUAAAAAUUAUAAAUAGAUGUUACCAGAGUGCAGCUUGUGUACUAUAAUAUCUCAUUCGGACGUAAGUCGAACAUUAAA